AUGAAAGAGAUAGUAGCAUUCCCAGAUUCCUUCUCUUUCAGGGCCUGCGCUUUCCUCUCCUUCUUCUCCCUCUCCUCAUCAGAAACCUCCACAGGCUCGGGCUCCGGCACUUUUCCAGGCCUCUUAUCCUCCUUUUUGGGUUCGGUCUCCACUGCCGCCGGCCUUUUCCUCUCUGGAGACCCACCAUUGGAUGCCGUGGGCAUUUCCACAUCCUGCUCAGAGUCCCUCGUUCAAAUUAUUGGGGUUCUUCUGAAUAUCCUGCAGCAUCUUCACAAAAUCGGGCUGCUGGAGGAAACCCCGGGUGCCGGGGUCACUCGCCAGCUUGACCCACAUCUCCGGCCCGAACGCCUCCCCGAAAGGGCUCGCGCCCGGCCCUCCCCGAGGAUGCCUCGAGCUCCGGGCCCAGGCGGCCUCCGCAUCGGCGAGCCCGGACUUGAGGGCCUCGUUGUUGGGGUCUAUCUCGAGGCCCUUCCGGUAGGCCGAGACGGCCUCGCCGUAGUUGAGGAGGCCCAUAUGAGCCGCGCCGAGGCGCGAGAAGCCCUUUCCCCAGUCGGGCUUGAGCUCGACAGUCUUCUGCGCGUCGGAAAGGGCAUCGGAGAAUUUUCCGAGGGAAGCGUAGGCCGCGGAUCGGUUGGAGUAGAGAACGUGGUUGCCGAUUGCGUCGGUGAAGUGGCGGACGGCGCCGUCGUAGUCGCCGGCGGAGAAGGCGGCGUUGCCUCUGGCCUUAGCUUCGUCGGCCAUACUCGGAUGAAAUUGGGGGAUCUGAUUGGAUCUUGGGAAUUGGGAAUGAAUGAAAAUAGACCAUUCUCACAAGUGAUUCCAGAAAAUCUUGAACCUGCAAUAUCCCUAAGGGAGAAAAAUGCAUCACUUUCUUUGGGCACGGUGGAUACAAUCCCUCUGCAACCGAGUAAUUAUCUUAGCAUAGUGGAAUCCAGCUCCUCCAGACAAGAAUUUGUCCAUAACCAAAGCUCUCCUGGGGAAGCAAUCCAGCAACAAAAUCCUCACACUGUGGUCACCCCUAUUCUAGCAGCUAUGGAUUGCACUAACACUGAGAUAAUGCAGACAGAUCCACAAUAUCCUCACAAAGAGUUGGCUCUAGCUGUGAAGGACAGUAAUUUAGCACCUCAGGAGGAUUCUGUCUCCAAACUAAAAACCUGGAAAAGAGCAGGCAAUAAGGAAGGAAGGCUGCAAAGAAAACAAAUGACAGGAAAGGAACUGUCCCAGCUGCAAGGACUAAAGAGAGGCAGACAAGAUCCCACCAGCAAUGGCCACCUUUGGGUCAAGGAUCUUACCUACACUGACACCGACCAAUGGGAUGAAGCAAAGAUUAGGGAGCUGGUGGAGGCAGAAGACUGUCAAGCAAUCCUAGACAUCCAAUCACUAAACCCCCACACAAUGGACAAGUGGUGCUGGAAAAUGGGAGUGAAGGGAAAAUUUUCAGUGGCCUCUUCAUAUAAUUUUGAGUUUUAUGACUCCCAACUUGCUGUUUGA